UGUGUUGAUGGGCCGUUAAGCAUUGAUAAUAAUUAUAGACACGCAAGACUUGGCAGACAGAGGCGUCAGUCAUUCUAUAAAUAAUUGGGACUAUACUGUUCUGUUGAUAUACAGGUAUGUUUAUUAUAAAUAUGCUAUUUACAUAUCGAUUCGUUUAAGAAUGAGUACAUGUGUGUGUUGGUUUCCUUUAAGAAUAUAAAUCAUACUUCAAUAACGAUUUUUAAAUCUGAAAAAUGUUUAUAAAUAUUGCUUAUGGAAGCUAUGUAUAGUAUUCCUGUCUAUAUCAGUAAAAUUGUAUACUUGCAUACACUGGAAUUCAUAUGCAAAGUAAUUAAUAUCAACUGAGCUCGGUGAAUGUCCCAGAAGGAAACACAUCUUUUGUGUCUUUAUGAAUAAGGUCAAAACUUCGCAUAAGGAAGAACGCCGCCAUGCAUAACAAAAAGGAAAUAUUUAAAUUCUGCAACAUUAUGCCUAUACACGUACAAUGUAAACCUAUAUGUAGACGCACUUGCAAUAUACAUGUAAGUUAUAAUGAACAAUCUGAUUUACAACGAUAACGUGUGGUGCUAAUUUAGAUUAGGCUGGUCUUUCCGGAAAUUCUUUAAAUGAUGAUAUAAUCGAUCCGUUGUGAUUCAGAACGAAACUCAGCAGAAUACACUCCAUACUGAAUCACCAUGGACCAUUGACAGAAAUGUUGGGAUGACACAAAUUUGACACAAAAUUGACACUAGAAUAAUUUUAUUUGAAAUGUGUUUGCUCAACGCUAGCUUUUAUAUCCGAUUAAAACAAACUUCUUGGAAGUAGAUAUACUUUCGCUUUUGACUUUGUACGGGAAGGUAAUGCACAUCUAAAUCAGGAAUGGCAAGCGCGUCAGGAUUCAAGUCAAGUUUAACAGGAUCGAAGGCAAACAGAUGGCUGUCGGAUCUAACAGAAAAACUCGGGGGAAAUUUCGCAGAGUUUGCCUCGCAUAUCGGAUUCACUGAAUCGCAGGUAAAGGUUAUCCAAGAAACUGGACAACAUCUUCACCAACUGGUCAUAUCAAAAUGGCUCGAUACCAUUGGACGUCACACGACUAAAUACCAACAUGUCGUUUACACAGCUUUAGUGACAUUAAAGCGACAAGACCUGUUGGACAGGCAUUUCAAAGGAGGGACUCCCGAAAAAUAUUCGGAUAACAUUUGGGAAGAUUUCAUUAAAGAAUUGCAUGCUAUUGACUUCAACAAUGAAGAAUCAAGAAAACCAGGUCAAGACAAAAAGCCUGAUGUCACAAAGAAAAAGAAGAAGAAUAGUAACCGUAUAAGGAAGAAAAGUAUCAAUGGAAAUGAACAGAAAGAAAACGUCAUAGAAAAGGACAGCAAAACGUUAUUAUUGGAGGACGAUACUACUUUGUCUGGAAAUUUGCAGAUAGAACCUUCUGCAGGUAACAGAUAUGACACCAAAGUUCUUGGGUGCAGAAAGUGGACUCUGUUCCAAGCAGCCAGAUGUGGAGACAUUCGACUAUUAGAGAAUUGUAUUGAAGACAAAAUUGAUUUUGGCUCCAAGAGCACAGAUGGACGAACCGUACUGCAUAUAGCUGUUGCUAAUAUGCAAUACAAAUUCGUGCAGUAUCUUUUAGAUGUAUAUCGUUUGCUUCAGAAGGCUGGUUUUUAUACCGGAAUAACAACUAACGACGGAAAAACUUUCCUUGAUUUUGCAAGAGAGAAACAUCACACUCACUACUUGGACCUCAUCGGUAUGACGCAAUAUAUUGAGGUUAAACGUAACAGAUAUGACACCAAAGUUCGUGGGUGCAGUAAGUGGACUCUGAUCCAAGCAGCCAAAUGUGGAGACAUUCGACUAUUAGAGAAUGGUAUUGAAGACAAAAUUAAUGUUGGCUCGAAGUGCACAGAUGAAAUAACUGUACUGCAUAUAGCUGUUGCUAAUAUGCAAUACGAAUUCGUGCUGUACCUUUCAGAGGUAAAUCGUUUGCUUCAGAAGGCUGGUUUUUAUACCGGAAUUACAACUAACGAUAGAAAAACUUUCCUUGAUUUAGCAAAAGAGAAACAUCACAAUCAACACUUGGACCUCAUCGGUAUGACGCAAAAUAUUGAGGUUAAAGGCAUCCAUUGGUCGACCUGGACUAAACUACAUCAUUGUGCAGUCAGUGGAUCGGAAGCGGAAUGCUCAAGGCUGAUUGAAGAUUUUCCUAAAGACGUCAAUGUUGAAGUUGACACCGAUAUCCAUCCUUACACCAACCUUCAGCUGCCCAAAUAUGGAAAGAUGACACCGUUAGAAUUGGCAAUGCACAGCGAAAACAUACCCGUUCUAAAUAUAUUAGCAAAAUAUUCGUCUUUCAGGACUAUCGACAAAUGUUUGGCUGGUGUUCGAACUAUUUCAACAAAGACUAUUCUCGUCAGAGGAAUUCUGACCCAGCUUCUAGAGAAACACGAAGAUGUUCAGUAUGGCAAACUGAUUGCAACUGGUGAAAAUGUCAUAGUUAUUUAUACCACCGAUCAACUCGACGAUGCAUGUUCGAAAAUAGCUGGAAUACAAACGAUAUACAAAAACGCUAACGGGUUUGACCAGGACAAUGAAAGAGCCAUCGACUUUGAAUUAGAUAUGGAAGUGCCCGGUCUGUCGAAAGAAGAAAACGAACGUAUGAAAGAUGUUGUUGAUGCGAACAGUGACACUCUUUGGAGAAAUCACGAAAACCUCAACGGAAUUCGUAUAUCGGCCGUUCGUACUACGGGUGGAAAAGCGUUCCGAGAUAACUGUAUUGUUCUGUGUUGCAAGUUCAAAGGAUUUCUAACGGAGAAGGAAGAAGAAUUCCCUCGUGUUUUGCGUUGUAAGGAUAUCUGCUUUCCGGUUGACGUUCGAGAGGAAUAUAUUGUCUUGACCAGUCAACCGUCAGACAAACUUAAGCCUUUGGCAUGUGGAGGUAUCAUCACCGGAAGUUGUGUAGACAACAAAGUCUGCGGGACAAUUGGACCUUUCGUUGAAUUGCCAAAUCAGAAAACAGGAUUUAUCACUUGUGCGCAUGUUCUUGAUAACAAUCCUGCUUUUGGUGUUCAGUCCGGACGCAAUCAUAUCGUCUAUCAACCACAGAAAGACUCUAAUGCAGAUUCUCUUUGUGGUGAAGUAGUGAAAAUGACCUUCAAACCAAGUGCCGAUCCGUCUAUUGAUGCUGCUGUCGUGAAAAUUACGUCUGCGUUGCGGAUUCCAAGAUCAAUCAACUUCGUUUCUGUUCAACAAGGUGCAUUCCUUGAUGCAGGUAUUGCAGAAGGAUUGACUUUCAACACAGGAACCAUUGGAGAUUACCUGCCGGACAGUCCCGUUUUGAAAUUCGGCGCUUUUACUUCAGAAUUGAACUGUGUCUGUUCAGCGAUAGGACACGAAGAAAAGAUUGUUUAUCCUCAGGGUAAAGUUCUUAUGAGGGGAUUAACAAGAAUACUGUGUCGUGUCAUUCAUCAGCAAGGUGACUCUGGAGGGGGAGUGUUUGUGAAAAAUGCCGAAGACAAACUCGAGUGUGUUGGGCUGUUCUUUGCUGCAAAAGGUCGAGAGGGAUAUUUUAUUCCCAUCAAAGAUGUUUUGACGCAAUGUGGGGGUUACAAACUAAAAGCAUAUCCUUAAACUAUCUUGAAAUAGCACUGCUUUGACAAAAGCGAUAAUCGUUGUAUAUAGUUCCUCCUUAAUCGUUCUGCAAGUUUUGGAAGAUAAGAACGAUUUCGGAAAAUAGUUUCAUGGAAGUAGCGUGAUUGGCGUCAAAUGUUUUAUAUAUAUAUUGCUGUUGUCAUUAUUCUUUGAAAAUAAUACCUGACAUUAUUUUUUAAUUUAAUUGCGUGUAAAAAGUUGUUAGUUGUAUUAUCAAAUUAAUGGUGUUAACGAAAAUUAAGAUAAUCCGAUAUUUAUUCUUCACAAGAAUGAAUCUCAGAAGGUAUUCAUCUCAACAAUAGUCCGUUAUUGAUUUUAAUUCCAACAGGUAAGGGCAUACAUAUAUAAAUAGUUCUAUUACAGAUCAGAGGUAAUUGUAUUAAAAUAAAUCACCAUAAUAUGAAUACCGUUGAUUACAAGACUAAAGUCAAAUAUUGUUCUAUUAGGGGGGCUAUUUAGUCAAGCAGCAUCAGUAACGAAAGUCUACGUAGUUGAUAAUGACUUGACCUGAAACCAACCAGUGCGGUCAGUUUUAUCUUUAAAGCCGGUGAUUAAAAUAACUACGACCUAAAUAGCGCAAUAUCCGGGCCCUUCAGCAAGAAGUGAACAUAGUGGGAUAUUUAUAGGUAAAACAUUAAACUAAAUUACUCGUUUAUAACGAUAAUUGAGAUGUUGUUUGGAUGAUGCUAUUGAUUCAGAAGAAAUGUCAGCACUUGUAUUCGAAUGAAGUUAGGUCAACAAAGCGAGAACUUACCUUCUCACCACUGGACAGGAACGCCAAGAAAACGUUGUCUCUUGUUUCUCGACAUGUAUUGUUCAUAAGGAGUAUCAAACUAUAUUUUCAUGAAGAAUAUUGAAACUAGGUUUUCAAAAAUAACUUACCUCACUAAAUUGUCCCUGUUCAACUGCCGACAAAGCACUAGAAAACUCCACUACAGUCCUUAAUAUACAGAGUUACCUACCCUUACCACACUGUGAUGUAACUAGCGCAACAGAAAGACAAUGAAGUGAUCAGGGAGCCAAGGUUCAAAUCCUUUUCCAGAUUUCGUUAUAUUUUUUCAUUAAAUUCACUGUAGAUUCUUUAUUUCAUCACUUUCAUGUUUUCAUAAAAAUUCGCAAGUUAUGGAUUUGUUUUUACAAAGUUAUAGUGAUGACAUGAACAAUAAUGCCAAUGUGUUAUUAUAGUUUAAGCAUUGGUACGGCAGAUUGAUUGAUUAAUUGAUGUUACACUAUAUGUAUAAGAUAAGUUAAACCUCAUUCAUUAUCUGAAUAAUUUCAAUAAGAUUAAAGUAAAAAAAUCAGAUAUUUACAUCUUUUUUUCAUAUCUCACAAUCAGUUCCUUAUACCUUUUUCUUCUUCGAAAAUUUAUCCGAAAUAUACAAUUGCAUUUGCCGAAUAACUUUGAUUAAAGAAAGAAACACUUCUGAAAGAGGCAACCGGGAUGAUAAUGUACCAUGAUUGAUGAAGCCUUUCAACAUCACUGUGUGCAAACUAACACAUAGAAUAACAUUAUUUUUUUUUUUUUUUUCGAUAAGAGCGGUUAUUGCACUAGCCUAAGGAUGAGAUGACCUUCAAAUUAUCAAGAUCUUAAUCGCACAAGUGAGCAAAUUGAGCACUGCCCAAAAAUUGUCAAUGUGUAAGGUCGUAAGAGUUGCUUCCCUUAUGUCAAUAAACAACGAACAGGCGUAUAUGUUAGCUAGAUAGGGCGCUAUAUCAAAUGCUGUAUAUUAUUAUCAUUUAUAUUUUACAUAGUGUAACAUCUCUAUAUCGACCACAUGCUGAUCCUAACGUAUGUAUUGCAUUACAACCCUCUACUACAGUGUAACCUCUCUAUAACGACAUCCUUACUGUUUGAGGUUAUAUCAGAACCCUUUGAUAUGAUGUAAACUGUCUGAACCGACCGCCUACCAGAUCCUGACAUUACUAUUACAUGAGAACCAUUUAGUAUAGUGUAACUUCUCUAUACCAACCCUUUACUGAUCCUAACAUUGUUAUUAUAAUUCCAACCAUUUACUAUCUUGCAACCUCUCUACACCGACCACUUUACUGUUGAUAAGGCCAUAUUCAUGCUAAGUGUGAGUUAUAGUAAGGACAAUAUAUUGUCUAUAGUCUUUAUUUCAAUCGUUUUUAUCGAAAAUCCUGCGUUGCUCCUACAUAUAUAAAACAUAUUAAGAUAUACGUACUAGAGCAAUGGUUAUGGACUCGCUUGAUAUUGCAUUGUUGAUAGGAGAUUUCUUUAAUGCUUAAGUUUUCAAAAUCUGUGGGGAAUCCUUUGUACCAACCAGACAGGAAACAUGUUUAAAAUCGACUUCUUACCCUUAAUUGGGCCUGUUUUUGAGACGAAAGGGGAAGAGGAGGGUGGAUGGGAUUAAGGAGGGUUAUGUCGAUUAGUUUAAGCACCUUCGACCUCCACUUAAAUCAAGUUAAAACAAUUUUAAACUAUUUGAUGGUGAUGAGGAUUAAUUAAGCAACUGUGACAAACAAUUGACUAACUUUUAACAUGUGACGUAAUCAGUUUGUAUAUAAACUAUAGUUAGAAACCAUAAUAUUCCAUUUGAUCUGGUCAACGGCUAUCGACCAAAUACAGAUAAACUACAAAUACAAAUAAUAUUUAUAUAAUUUCAAGUACUUAUAUAUCCAGAUGGCCAUUUCUAUAGAAUCAUUCAAAAUAAUCACUUGCACUGUCAGCUUUAUAUCAUUAUCUAUAUCACUGUACUUACAAUGAAUCGAUGGCAAAUAUUAUUGUUGAUGAUAAUCAGAUAAUUAAUUCGCAACAUUUAUGUCCAUCCUGUUUAACUAUGUAUUGAUACUGCUUGUAGGUACAUGUAUUAUCUGGCCGUAAUUGUUUAUGAUUUUUAUUGUCGUUGGGUAAUGCUUUUAAUUCCAAAUCGAUAUAAUUAACACACGCGUCAUUUCAUCGGCAAAUAUUAUUGUUGAUGAUUAUCAGAUAAUUAAUUCGCAACACUUAUGCACAUCCUGUUAACCUAUAUAUUGAUGCUGUUUGUAGGUACAUGUAUUCUCUACCCUUUAUUGUUUAUGAUUGCCAUUGUCGUUGGGUAAUGUUUUUAAUUCCAUAUCGAUCUAAUUAGCACACACAUGUCAUUUCAUUUGUUAUGAUUUUAUACAUUUCGUUGUUUUUAUUCUAUUAUGUUUUGUGAGAUCGAAAUUUACAAAGAGACACGUAACGUAGUCCAUUUCAUUAAAUAAAGAUAUGAAUAGAAAAUCUAAAAAUAUAUAAAGAAAGGGUUAUAUUAAUUUAAUAACAUUCCAUUCUACCUGUUUCAGUAAUGCAGUUCCAUCCUCACAUGACCCUAUACAGCCAAAAAUUUCUUUAAUAUCUACUGCUGUAGUAUUUUUAUGAUCUACAACUUCAUCAAAAUGUCUUUACGCACUACUGUCAUCAAGUGAUAUCAAGACACCGGCUAUAGUGUCCAAGUCGUUAUCAGCGUCAAUAUCAGAAGAAUUAUGCAACCUUUUCCUCUCGUUUUAAUUCUUUCAAUAUUAUUUAAAAUGUAUUUAACAUUGCUUAUUUAUGUAUGUAUUUAUGUGUCUAACCUUGAAACUAAGACAUUGAAUAUAAGUUCAGAUGAACCAGGGCACUUCCGUCGACCAGGUAGCUCAAUUGAUUAUAGUGACUGUAUAACGAUCUGAAGUCAAGGUUUCGAAUCUCGCUGAUUCUUAUUUCCAAUCAAAGCACUGUUGAUGAUUAUUGUUCGGUGUAUUUCAUAUCUAUUUUUUUCAUAAAAGUCCCGCUUGGUAUUGGUUUCUUUCAGCAAUUAUCUAUCAAAGCUGUAGUCAUGUGACAGAAUCGGUCUCCAAUACAUAGCUACUGUUUUGCAAUAGUACAGGUAUCCUCAUAGACAGAUUAACACUUAGCCGUUGGAAAAAUGUGUAUGUGAGGAUUGUUCAACGGGAGGUAACUCGUAUACGUAAUUUCAGCAUUACGCAGUUUAAUGUUACUUGACUUACUGUUAAAGCUCAAAAAACAGUUAUUAUAGAUGUCAUACACAGGCUACAGAUGAUAAUGGGUUUUGAUGUAUACUGACAGAUGCACCUAGAAUUUGAUCUCGUUAAUACAACAUUUAGAUGAGUGUACUACAGGGAUGUUACAUAUUACCAGACGUCACAUUAACUAAUAAUAAUCUAUUGUAGUCUCCCAUGGUUGGGUUAAUGACGGAGAAAAAAAAUAUCAAUCAUCCUCUAUACCCGAUAUACAACAAAUCAGGUCUUGAAUUUGCGUCCGCAACAAUCAAUGACAAAAGCUGAAAAUGAUGAUCUACGUAUAUUUAUUUACAAAAUGGCAUUUUACAAGUCUUUGUAUUUGGAAUGUAUCAAAAUGAUUUGCAGUCGGUCGAUAGGGGUGUGAUUGUUUUAUCCGUACGGAUGCAUCAGCUUAAUCAAUUAAUUGCCAUGCCGUCAUUUUGAAUAGCUCUGACGCUGCACCUUCUGUAUUAUACGUUUAUUAAGGAAACCUUUUACAUCAAUAAAACUAGCAUUACAACCAAUUCUACUGAUCCACCGUUAUACCAACGAACCCGUGUUACAGUGAAUCUAUGUUUCAGUCAUUUUCUGUGAUCUGAUGAUAUUUAUCUAUUUAUUAUAUUUAUCAUAAUUUCCCUAAAAUUCAGCUAAUUGAGCAAAGUGUUUAUAAAAAAGAACCCAAAUCUCGAUAGGUAAGAAUAUGAUAAAGAAAAUUGUAGUAAACCCGACGUCCAUAUUCACUAGUAUUUCACACAUGUGUGUUCCGCAAGGUUUAACAACAUUUACAGUCAAUGGUCACAUUGUCAGUCAAUGGUCAC